AUGGGUAUAUUCUCAAUGCUUACCUGUUCAUCCAUACCACAGACCAUUUCCUCCGCGCUUUUAACAAAGUUCCACACCAUCCCAGCAUAUUCUCCAACCAAACUUUCCGAGUCCCGAUGGGCAGCUAUAGACCCUGAUGACCGAAUAAUAGCGCCAGAGGAGCGGUCGAGGACAAUGAGGGAUUGGACAGUACUCUUCUGCGAGAUUCGAUUCAGAAGCGAGGUGAGGUCGCCCUCGUUAAGCGUUGGAACCGCGGUCGUCAUAAUUGUGGAGGGGGAAGUAGGGGAGUCGGAUGGAUGUGUUGAGGAAUGGAGGUGCUUUGAUCUGAGAGAGUCCUACGUACAAAUUAAUGGCUUAGGUAAUGGGGUCAUGUGAUGUCCCCCACUCAAGGUUUCUUUGAAGCUCCCCUGCUUGUCCCAACAGGUUUCCCCCAAGCCAGCAGAUACCCAUAUACGCCCUUGUUAUCCUAAGUUUAUUUACCGCCGGAAAUUAUUCCAAUGGCUUCUCAAGAUCCGUUCGAUUCUGCCCUGUGAGUUCUUUUUCCGACGUAAUUCUAAGCAUCUUGCCUUGCUGACCCAGAGGCAGUGACCUUCUCCGCCGUCUUAACCCGAAAUACACGGCAAACAAUGUCAAUGCUCUUAUCAAUCUUGUCCCAGACUUGACCGAGGACCUUUUGUCAUCUGUAGAUCAGCCCCUUCAGGUCCAGCGCUGUAAAAAGAGUGGAAGGGACUAUCUUCUUUGUGACUACAAUCGAGAUGGAGAUUCCUACAGGUCCCCAUGGAGCAACGAAUUCGAUCCCCCCCUCACGGACGGUACUCUGCCCAGCGAAAGGGUUAGAAGGAUUGAGAUUGCUGCCAAUGAUUCCUUUGACGUUUACCGGGAACUGUGGGUCUAUUCCGGGAUAUGAUGAUAGCUUCUCAAAGCUAACCUGUCGAGCUCCACCACAGGUACUAUGAAGGUGGUGUUUCAAGUGUCUACUUCUGGAACCUUGACGACGGGUUUGCUGGUGUAGUUUUGCUCAAAAAAUGCAUGCACCAUUCCUGUUGCCCGGUUUUGGCUCGGGCUAAUUUUUGGGCAGCUGUUGCGUCCGACAAUGAAUCAACUGGCUCCUGGGAUUCAAUUCACGUUUUUGAAGCUACCGACAGGGCCCGGAUCUCGCACUACAAGCUCACUUCUACGGUUAUCUUGAAUAUGAUUAAUGGAGACGAAUCACUAGGGGAGAUGGAUUUGAGUGGAAACAUGACUCGACAAGUCGAGCAAGAUAUGCCUGUUGAGGAUGAUUCUUCGCAUAUUGCUAACAUUGGAAAGGUGCGCCCUAACGCCUCAGCUGCAACUUGCUAAGAAGUUGCUGUUAACACGUGAAAAUAGUUGGUUGAGGAUAUGGAACUGAAGAUGAGGAACCUACUUCGUAAGCACUUCGCCUCCUAUACAUAGCUCCUAUGGCACUAAUGACAUCGGUAUGAAUAGAGGAAGUUUACUUUGGAAAAGCAAAGGAUGUAGUUGGUGAUUUAAGGAGUAGGAUCCCCCCCCUUCAUCUGCACAGUAUAGAUGCUCAUGGUUCGAACCCGGCAGGUAUUUCAUCCUUGACCCAGCAAGAGAAGGACAGGUCCGUGCACCAGGAGAUGAUUUCUUCCAUGAGCAAGCGAUAA